CUCAAUCCUAGCUCUAGCUCCCCUUUUAAUUUUCUCAGGCAAAAAUUGAAAUAAAAAAAGUUCGUUCUUGUCUCAAAAACCCAUAGUCCGUUAUUCAAUUUCGCGUUGUACCUCUCUUUCGUUUCGCCGUUGUUGUCAUUGCCGCCCUUUGUCUUUAAACAUCAAUGGCGGCGGAUGGAUCCUCCUCCCAACAUCCACCUCCGCAUCAUCAACAUGCGCUGAAUAACAUGUCAUCAUCACCAUACUAUCCAUCCCAACGUCAGGAACAGCAACAUAAUGUUACCAGAACGCUAAGCCAGCAACAAGUUAUUGGUAGAGCAGCCAGACAGAGCUAUGCUCGUCAGAAGCUACCUAUGAGGGUCCAGAGUUUGGCUGCCUAUGCCAACAACAGUAGUGUAGGAAGGUUACCCCAGCAAGGCAGUAGCUCGUCUUAUCAACAGCGAUCAUCGGCACUAUCGUACGGGAUACCGAACUCACCUCCCCCUAGGUACGAACUGAUCAACCGUACUCAAGUCCCCACCUUAUCAUCACCUCCUCCUCCCAGACAUUCUUCUUACGGCGUCAUCAGUGCUGCUCCCCCUCCUCCUCGACAUUCAAGUAUUCCUAUCCGCCAAGAUGACGAAGACUUUAAUUUUCGCGGCAGACCAUCUUCCGCCCAUAUUCAAGUCAAACCCGCCUCUGAAGAGGCUUAUUCUCCUGACAGUGAUGAAGUGUCAUUUGCCGCUCAGCAAGCAGAAUUUGUGGCCGUCGGUCAUGGCGAAGGGGCUAUCGAAAAACCUCUUCCCAAACUAUCUAAAUCUGCAUCUACGGCUGAAUCUGAUCGCCAUAUUGAAAUGGAGGUAGAAAAACUAGCUAUUAGACUUCAAGGGGAAUCUCAGACACGUGCCCAUGCCAGAUCGUCAUCGGUUGGUAUAACACUGCAAAAGACACUAUCUACCAAAGAGCCGUCAUCUACCAGCGCCAAACUAAAGGCUAUUGGCGAGAGAUCCAAAUCAUUUUCAUACGGCACGGGUGAAAACUUGGCUACGGAGGCUAAACAAAAGCAUCAACGACAUCAAAAGCGAAGUAUUGAGCAGCGACCGAAACCACCCAACAUCUAUCCAGCAUUAUUAUCUAAAGUGGCUAUGGAGAUGCAAAAGAGAGUGGUAGUUGGAGAUCGUACCAAGGAUAGCAUUCAAUACAAGGAUGUUUUUGAUGGUAAAGAGGCCGUGGAUAAGCUUAUCUUUCUCCUCAGGACAUCUGAUAGAACACUUGCUCUGCUUGUUGGUCGCUCGUUAUAUUCACAGAAACUAUUUCAUGAUGUAAACUACGAACACCGCUUGCGAGAUUCCAAUAUGGAAUUAUACCAAUUUAGAGAAAACUUAAAAGCACCAUACGAACCUAAUGAGCAAGACGACGAUUUACCGCUAGAGUCGCCAUUUCCAGACGACGACACCAUGAUUUUACCACCUUUACCAAUAGAAGCUGCCGAACGACAAGAAAUGACCUAUCCCAAUGGUGUGUUCACACUUCUCACCAACUGCUAUUCACCCACCUGUACAAAAGAUGCAAUGUGUUAUAGUGUAUCAUGUCCUAGAAGGAUGGAGAAGUCGAGAUCAGACUCAUCGGAUAAAAGUCUCUCAAGAUCUAUGAGUAGAUCCUCGAUGCAUGAGAAGGAAACCGAAUUGUGGAUCGAGUCAGUUCCAAUACAAGUCACCGAGAGUAUUUCUAAUCAAGAGCGAGAACGCCAGGAAAAUAUAUUUGAACUCAUCUACACAGAGCGAGACUUUGUGAGGAAUCUUGACUACGUUCAAAAUUUCUGGAUCGAGCCACUGAUCAGCAGCGAUAUCAUUCCAGACGACCGUCGAGAGUUCUUUGUACAAGAAGUAUUUUGGAAUAUCAGGGAUAUUUAUAAUGUGAACGUUGAACUCUGCGAUGCACUAUUAGAGCGACAAAGUGAAUCUCACGUUGUUGAGCAUAUCGGCGACAUUUUGCUUCAGCAUGUCGGUAACUUUGAGCCCUUCGUCGUAUAUGGAUCUCACCAGAUGGUUGCCAAGCACAUGUUUGAGCUAGAAAAGAGUCGCAACCCCAAAUUUGCCGACUUUGUAUAUGUAAGUCGGAAGUUCCCUCUUGCUUUGUUUUCUCUUUCAUUUUCCCGACGCAUUUUGUUACAGGAAACCGAGCGAAAACCGGAGUCCCGAAAGCUGGAAUUAAAUGGCUAUUUGACUAAGCCAACAACCAGAUUGGGCCGGUACAACCUGCUUUUACGAGAAAUUUUAAAGCAUACACCAGCGGACAAUGUCGACUGCGAGGUGAUUCCAAGAGUGAUGGAUAUAAUCAAAGGUUUCCUGGCUCGUGUAAAUAGUGAAACCGGAAAAGCAGAAAACAGGUUCAACCUACAACUAAUCAACGAACGUUUGUCGUGGAAGAAUCCUGCCGACGGCAUCGAUCUAAAAUUACUCGACUCUGAUCGAGAGUUGGUCAUGAAAGGAAAAUUAAAGCGAAAAGGUGCCGGUUCAGAAUCUUCAGAAGUUCAAGUAUUCUUGUUCGACCACUACUUGGUGUUUGCGAAAAUCAAGUAUAUGUCCAUUGGAGAACACUAUAAGGUAUACCGUCGACCUAUACCGCUUGAGCUCCUUUCAGCUACCAUACCAGACGUAACAGCCCACAAGCGAGCAAGUUCCAUCCUACCCUAUACUCGUACAGCUUUAAGCGGUAACAGCGUGUAUGGUUUGAAGGCAUCUGUGUCAGAAGCCAACCUGCAUAGCGGUGGUCAAUCCAAAACAGGUGGCCAUGCUAUUACAUUUGAGCAUAUUGGACGAAAAGGUUCAGCGCCAUUUACACUAUAUGUUCCUACCAUGACACAAAGGCGUAAUUGGUUGGAAAAGAUCGCACGUCAUAAGGAAGCUAUCACCGCGAAACAACGAGUGUUUGAUAUUGUGACCCUCAGUGAGCGGCAAUUCAUAUCAACCAACAGAGUCCAUCAUUCUGCCACAUACGAGAAACAACUUGUUUUAGCAGCGGACAAUGGGGUUUACGUUGGAGGCAAUAAGGAAGGUUCAACAUUAACACGCAUCCUGGCCAUUGAAAAAGCGACGCAAAUUGAGAUAUUGGAAGAGUAUAAAUUGAUGUUUGUGCUUGGUGACAAGACUCUAUGGAGUUUCCCCUUAGAAGCACUGUCGAACAACGAUCCAGCGUUACGACGUGGCAGGAAGAUUAGCGCCAAUGUUCCCUUUUUCCAUGUUGGAUCGUGCCUAAACAAGGUCCUAGUUUGUGUUGUGCGAACGAACACUCUAUCAGCCACAACUAUUCGAACUCUCGAGCCAUCAUCCGUAGCAGAUGGAAAAAAGGCAAAGUCUCCAUUCAGUCGGCUGGUGAGAGGAAGUAACGAUAACCUUAAGGUCUACAAAGACUUGUAUCUUCCAAGUGAAGCUUCGAGUAUCAAUCUACUGCGGACCAAGAUGUGUAUUGCUUGCUCUAAAGGAAUUGAGGUGGUGGAUAUGGUAUCAUUUGAAGUUCAAGCCCUCUUGGAUCCUGAGGAUGACAAUCUUCAUUUUGUUCUCGAACGACAGGACGUGAAACCCCUGGCGAUCUAUCGCAUUCAGUUUGCAGAAUACCUUAUCUGCUAUAAUGAAUUUGCAUUUUACGUGGACCAAAAGGGAAGGCGGAAACGAACGGACUGGCGCAUUGACUGGGAAGGAACACCGGAGACAUUUGCGCUCCAGUACCCUUACAUUCUUGCCUUCGAACCAGCCUUUAUUGAAGUUCGUAACAUUGAAACGGUAAGAGCCUCAUAGCGUUUGCGAGAAACAGGCUGUGCGGUUUGAGAUUUAAACAUUCGUGUCUAUAGGGUGUUUUGGAGCAGGUCAUCGCUGGAAACAAUAUUCGAUGCGUGCAGAACAACAGCAAGGAGAACGGAAUCAUUCAUGCUGUCAUGGACGACCCAACCACCGAGUCAUUUCAAUGUUUAUUCCAGCUCAAACUAAUAUCUCGUUAAUGAGGUUGUAAUACCAGAUUCGACUUUUGUAUAUUUCUUUCCUUCAACUCCCUUUCCUUUGUCCUACUUUGCUGUUAACGCUUGUAUGUAUAGUGUACUUGUUGUUUGUUAACAGUAUGUUUUAACCAUGCUUUACUACUUUUAAUGAAGUCACUCUUUUGAACCUUAUGGCGAUAUUCUGUGCAUUCAUUGGACCUUGAACCAACUUCGGCCAAACUAUUGGUUUCGUACUACUAC